AUGACUAGCAUAAAGACAUUUGAAAACAACAUUAAAGAUUAUGAAUUUACUAGACUUGCUGCUGACUAUUAUAAUCACUCAAGGUAUUUACACGAUGAGGCAGUUUUAUUUAAUCGUCAAUUCAAUCACUCUUUCGGCGAUUAUAUUGUUACAGUGGGACAUGCUAUGCCCUUAUAUAACUUAAGAAAAAACCCUCCUUCAAGAAAGCCUGUAACAGCGAUUGUGUCUUUUACUUCUCAUAAUUCGAAAUUGUUGAAGAAAAAUAUUAAGCUAUUUACGACCUCAAUGUUUUACAAAAAGAACUACUAG